AUAAUUAGUUGAGAUCUCUGAAUUAUCAGGCUGCAAAAAAUGACCAAGGUAGAAGAAAAGGGUCCUGCAGAUGGGAGAGAUGACUACACUGAAGAUGGUACUGUGGAUCUCAAGGGUAGACCUGUAUUAAGGUCCAAAACUGGAAGGUGGAGAGCCUGUUCCUUCAUAGUAGGGUAUGAAGUGUUUGAGAGAAUGGCAUAUUAUGGGAUAGCAUCAAACCUGGUGAUUUAUUUGUCAACGAAACUCCAUGAAGGCACUGUGGAAUCCUCAAACAAUGUCACCAACUGGAUUGGUACAGUCUGGAUGACCCCCAUCUUAGGUGCUUACAUUGCUGACACUUUCCUCGGCCGCUACUGGACUUUUAUGCUUGCAUCUGCUAUUUACAUUGCGGGCAUGUGCCUCUUAACCUUGGCUGUCUCGGUGCCCGGCAUGAGGCCUCCGACUUGCCCUGGUGUCAAAGACGCCGACUGCGACGAAAAGGCGUCUACUUUCCAAGUGGGUAUCUUCUUCUGUGCCCUGUACAUAAUCGCCUUGGGUACAGGUGGAACCAAGUCCAACAUCUCAACCAUGGGUGCAGACCAGUUUGACGAUUUCGAGCCCAAGGAGAGGUUCCAGAAGCUCUCCUUCUUCAACUGGUGGAUGUUCAGCAUUGUCUUCGGGACCCUGUUCUCCAACACUUUCUUGAUCUACAUCCAGGACAACGUCGGAUGGAGCCUUGGCUAUGGGCUGCCAACGAUCGGCCUUCUGGCUUCUGUACUUGUGUUUGUAGUGGGGACUCCGUUUUACCGGCACAAGCCGGUCUUGGGGAGUCCAGUGGCAAGGAUUCUUCAGGUGGUGGUGGCUGCGGUUAGGAAGUGCAAUGUGGCUGUCCCCAAUGACCCAGAAGAGCUAUUUGAGCUUAGCAUGGAGGAAUAUACAAAACAUGGAUACUUUAGAAUAGAUUACACUCCUUCAUUAAGGUUUCUUGACAAAGCUGCAGUGAAGACAGGAGCGACCUCACCAUGGAUGCUGUGUCCAGUGACACAAGUGGAACAAACCAAGCAAAUGGUAAAAAUGGUGCCAAUCCUGGUUGCAUCAUUCAUACCAAGUACCAUGACAUCUGAAGUGGCCACAUUGUUUGUGAAACAAGGAACAACUCUGCACAGGAGCAUGGGUCCGAAGUUUGACAUCCCUCCAGCCUGUCUUACUGCAUUCGUGACAAUCUUCAUGCUGAUCAGCAUUGUUGUGUACGACCGCUUAUUUGUUCCGGCUGUUAGGAAGUACACCGGAAAUCCCAGGGGAAUCACAUUGCUUCAGAGAAUGGGAGUUGGCUUUGUGCUGCAUGUCAUAAUCAUGCUAAUUGCUUGCAUGGCUGAAAGGAAGAGACUGAGUGUUGCGAAAGAGCACCAUAUUUUUGGUAAGAAUGACACAGUUCCUCUAACUGUGUUCAUUCUCCUGCCUCAGUUUGCCCUGAUGGGGGUAGCAGAAAACUUUGUGGAAGUAGCAAAGAUGGAAUUUUUCUAUGACCAGGCGCCAGAAGGUAUGAAGAGCCUUGGAACAUCAUAUUUCACUAGCAGUUUGGGGAUUGGGCAUUUCCUGGGCAGUUUUAUUCUCACAACAGUAUCUGAUAUUACCAAGAGACAUGGACGCAAGGGCUGGAUCUUGGAUAACCUGAACAUCUCUCAUUUAGACUACUAUUACACAUUCUUGGCUAUUCUGGGAUUCCUUAACUUCCUCUUCUUCUUGGUUGUGGCUAGGUUUUAUGUAUAUAAUCAAGAGGUGACAGAAUCAAAAAGGGACUUGCAGGAAACCAUUGAACCUUUGCAAAGCUUCACCACAAGAUGAAGUCCUGAAGAUGAGUCGAAGCUGAUAGGACACUCCGGCCAUUGGUGCAAUGACAGUAUAAUCCUAUAUCAUUACCGUUGAGUGUCGAGUCGAAAUCAUAAAUAACUUCAGUUGUUCAUUUCAAAAUGCCCUGUCCCAAUGAUCAAUCAAGAAAGAGAUUACCUAGAAUGAUUGAACUCUAAAUCAAAAAAAUUUCGCUUCAUUAUCCAUUUCAAAGGAUUCAUACAAUAUUCUAAUCUAAACUACGGAUAUAUGUAGAUAUAUGUAAUCAAUUAGCAAAGAAGUGACAGGGUUUUCAAGUUAGACAAGCAUAAACCUAUUAGCUGCAG